CGUCAAGCAAAGAAGACAUACAGAGCUCUGCUUGUCUCCGUUCUCACAAAGAGAGAGAGAGAGAGAGAGAGAGAGAGAGAGAGAGAGAGAGAGAGAGAGAGAGAGAGACAGAGAGAGAGAGAGAGAGAGCUCAGAGCUGUGCUGGUGAGGUGUUUGCGACGUGGCCAUGGCUGCUGUACGGUUUGCUGUCGUGAUGCUACUUCUCUUUGCCUGCUCGGUCAGCUUCAAUGACCUACAAUGUGCUCGAGGCCAAGAAGAGGACACUUAUCCUACGCCUACGUUCCCUGGGUAUUGCUCCACAGCUGUUCCAAGGCUUCCUUGGGCAAGUUUACAAGAGGUGUGUACGCCGAAGCAAGGGCCGUUCUCACCUACCUGCUGCGAGUUCAUCAAGGGAAUGAAAGAUUACGAGGAAAUGAAGACCCGCUGCGGGCAACAGAUUGCAAUUUAUGGUAAGACGUUGGGAUAUGACGUCCGCCAGCUCGCGAGCGAUUGCAGUCUGUAGUUUCUCAAUCGUCGUCGAUUCGUCAGUGGUGGCAGUUGGUGUUCUGUGGUAGUGUACUUAUAAUACGGAAAUGCGGAAAUGAGAAACGAUAAUGAUGACCGAGUUAGAGAUGAGGAGAUGGAGGAAGAAUUAGAGAAAACACAAAAAAAAGAAAGAGUGAGAGAACGCACAACAAAACAGCCCUUUUGUG